AUGUCUCCCUAUAGACUUGUUUAUGGGAAGGCAUGCCACUUACCCGUUGAGUUAGAACAUAGAGCCUAUUGGGCUAUCAAGCAACUUAACUUUUCCUUAGACAAAGCGGGUGAGAAAAGAAAGCUUCAAUUGAAUGAGUUAGAAGAGCUUAGGCAUGAUGCAUAUGACUAUUCGAAAAAGUAUAAGGACCGAAUGAAAUUUUACCAUGACAAAAAUAUUUUGAGAAAAGAUUUUUCUCCCGGUCAAAAAGUCCUUUUAUACAAUUCUCGUUUGCAUCUCUUUCCGGGAAAGUUACGCUCUAGGUGGGUAGGUCCAUACAUUAUUCGCACUGUUUUUCCACAUGGAGCCAUUGAAAUUGAAAAUCCUAAUAAUGGUAAUGUAUUCAAAGUUAAUGGACAAAAAUUGAAACCAUUUUUAGAAUUGAAAAAUGUGGAAGUGGAUGAAAUCCUCCUUGAGGAUCCAAUUUACCAUGAUCCUUAA